AUGUACUCGAAGCGUACCUCGCUCAUCCGCUUCAGUCUCCUCGCCUUGGUCGUUACCGUGCUCACGGCGCAGAGCACUGUUGCGGCACCGGUGCACACGCAUGGCCGCCGUCACUUUGGCAACGCACAUCACAUUGCGGCGCGUGACGGCCACCAGGCCGUGGCGCAGUCGGACGAUCACAACCUGGGCGGCGGUGCUUCGGUCGACCUGAGCAAGGUCUUUGGCCAGGCGCUCGGCGGCGUGCUCAAGGUCAACGGCGACAUCGAUUACCAGCACAGGCAGGGGUCGCAGAAGGACAACACGUCGCGUUCUUCGUCGUUCAACUCGCAGCCGACUUCGUCGCACAGCUCGAGCUCGUCGUCGUCGUCGUCGUCGUCGUCUCCGUCGUCGUCGUCGUCCCAUUCGUCGAAGCACCCUUCGCACUCGUCGCACCCUUCGCACUCGUCGCACUCGUCGCACUCGUCGCACCCGUCGCACUCGUCGCACCCGUCGCACUCGUCGCACUCGUCGCACUCGUCGCACUCGUCGCACUCUUCAAAGCACUCCCCUUCGUCGUCGCAUCACGGCAACUCGAAGCAUGCCAAAGAGUCUCCGUGCUCGGACGACAAGUCCAAGUCGCACUCGUCUCACCACAAGCCCACGCCUUCUCACCACGGCAAGUCCAAGGAUGCCAAGGAGUCGCCGUGCUCGGAUGACAAGUCCAAGUCGCACACUUCUUCGAAGCCGACCAAGUCGAGCUCGUCGCACACCCCUACGCCUUCGCACGCAUCCAAGGAUGAGGAGCCUUGUGAGGAGGAUGAGGAACCUGUGCCCUCGUCGAGCGCCUCGAACCCCAAGCAUGCUUCGCGCCCUGCUCACCUCAAUUCGAAGUCGGCCUCUAGCUCGAGCUCGCCGAGCGGUGCUCGCAACAUGGCCGUGAACACGGGUGCCUCGUCCAAGUCCUCUUCCUCCGGUGGUUUCUACCGCAUUGGCCUCUCGACCGGAAGCGAGGCGGUACCGUUCACCGGCGACUCGUCCGAGUCGCACGCCUCGGCGGGCGGCCGCAUUGCUUCGGUCCAGACCAGCUCCAAGGAGCCCGGAGGAAACUUGCCCAACCAGUCCGUCAUCACCAACAACCCCAAGUACGGCUUCAUGGAGGCGCAGCACGACUUGUACGCGCUGCGCAAGUGGGCCGGUGACCUGAAGGACCUGGAAAGCAAGCAGGACCGCAACGAGACGCUCAUGGCUCUGUUCGACGCCGCUUCGCGCUACUACCCCGACGUGGAUACCCAGAAGGUGGUGCGCAUUAUGCUUGCCGACAUCAAGACCGAGUCCGACUUUGAGCAGGACAACAACAGCGGUGCGCGCCUCGACUCGGGCCACAGCCUUGGUCUCCUGCAGGUGAGCCCUGGCAAGAGCGCGCAGGAGCUGCCUCUCUUCCAGAAGGCCGCGGCGAGCGCUGCUAACAUCUAUUCGUGGACUGUUGGCCAAGGCUCCGCAGAAGAGGUGAGCAAGGGCGGCCGCUCUGUCCUCGGCGCGCUGAAGGACUUUAAGACGGGUAAGGAGAUUGAUCUCAAGAACCUCUCGAAGGAGGACCUUUCGAAGCCUUGGGUCAACAUUCACGUCGCGAUGUGGGUGCAGUCAAAUCUUGCUCGUACCGGCAGCCUGGACCCCUCGAACUGGGACAAGGUCGCGUCCGCGAGCAAGGCGGUGCGUGCUGCCUACAAGCCUGCGGUGAACAAGAUUGUCGACUCGAGCAGCGCCUCGUCGGGUGCGGGUUCGAGCGCAGGCUCCGGCUCGGGCUCUGGCUCGGGCUCCGACUCGGGCUCUGCCUCUUCGAACGCUGGUUCGUCCGCUGACUCCAACUCGGGCUCGGAUAUUGGCUCUAACUCGGGCUCGGCCAUGUCAGGUGCGUCUUCGGGCGCUGGCUCGUCCUCGGGCAUGACCAAGCGUGCGAAGAAGAGCAAGGGCAAGUCGAGCGCGAGCUCGAGCGCUGACUCGAGUGCGGGUGGCGCGUCGACGACCUUCAGCGAGAGCGAGUACCAGAGCAAGCUCAAGGCGCUGGACAAGGCACUCAAGGGCAAGAGCCACCAGAAGCCGACGUUUGCGACCGGUCUCGGCUCGUGGGUCGCUGGCCCCGCCGGUGACGGCGGUGGUUACAAGGCCUCCGGCGAUGAUAUCAGUGGCCAGUACUUCAAGCACAUCAGCAAGGGUCUGUCUGUGAUGUACACCGGAAGCGACAAGGAGAGCAGCAAGUACGGUCAAUCUUGGCUGGACGACAUUAAGCUGGUCCCUGGCCUGGUUGACUACAACAAGUAA